ACCGAGGUUGUGAAAGGGACGUGAUGCCACACCACCUGUUGGGUUUUUUACAGGUUCUCACUGCGCAGUCUCCAUUGAAGCUCCAACGGAUCGGAUUGUCUGGCGAAAUUUGCGGUACAAAGAGUUGAGUUUGUCAUGACAAACAGAUUUAUGAAGUGUUUGUUACUUGUUUGUUAUUGACGGAAGGGGGAGCUUGGUACACAUCUCUUGGUAGUACAUUGUCAGAUGAAUCAGUGCGGAUGUCGAGACUAGUGAAGACACAUACCUGCUGUUCGAUUUUAAACUUUGUACACGUUGGAUUUGAAACCCGAUCUAGGUGUUGGAUUUUGUACGAUGAGGAUGGUGUGUGUUGUUUCUGACAGGAUGGUGUGUGUUGCUGGGCGUGAAGGGACCUGAUCCAUGGUGGCUGAUAGAAUGAUGUUCCCCACACCCUGCUACUCAACCACAGCUACAGACAGACGUGUCCCCUAUCUGACCUUUGAGAACACCCCAGAGGAGGACGACGAAACCAUGAGCACUAAGGACUGCCACAGGGAAAUCUUCACAGAGCCAGACCCAAGGCCCAUCUCCCACCCUGAUGGCUUCAGCCUCCCCCUGGAUGAUGACUCCUCCUCCCACCCUGAUGGCUUCAGCCACCGGGGGGCUCUGGAGGGGCAGCAGCCCAACAGAGGCCUGUUGGAGGAUAGCUAUUCUCCGUAUCAGCCCCCUGUUGGUCUGCGGGCCGGAUACAGCCAGCCCACACCCUUCCCCAGCCAGGCAGACAUGUACAGCCACUCCACUCCGUUCCCCAGCCAGACGGAUGCCUUCUGCCGGCCCACUCCAUUCCCCAGCCAGAUGGACCCCUCGUGGAUCCAACCCAGCGGUGCCUGGUCUGGACCUGUUUACCCCAGGAGCCUGCCCUCCUGCCCAAACCCGCCAGACUACCCCCAGUACCCAGGAGAGAGCUGCUACUCACAGGGGAAAUCCCUGUCCCUGCCUGGGCACUACAGUACCAGCAGCCUGGAGCAACCCCGCUCCCUGCACUCCAACCCCCCCUCAGGAGGCCUCUUCCACUCCCUUCCCCCCUACUACUGCCCCCCCCCUGGGGCGGCCUGCUGUGCCAAGUGCCCUGUAGGGGGCUUCAUCAUGGGCCCUGCGCCCCACCACGGCCCCCAGCCAGGCCCCAGAUACCAUCUCCCCUACACGCCCCCCUAUCCAGAUAACUGCAGUCUUCCUGCUGCAGGCUACAUUCAGAGCCCCAACCCGAAACCCAAGACCAACCCCUUCAGCGCACCCCUCUCUCUGGAGCAAAGAAGGGUGUUUGUGACCUAUGAAGCCGACAGUGAUAAACAUGUGAACCAGAUCAUCAGAUUUGUGGCGUUGCUGAGACACAAUGGCUUUGACACACAUAUUGACAUGUUUGAGCAGCACUUUCGGAGCAUCAGUAAAAUCGACUUCAUGGAGCGGUACCUCAGUGAGAAGGAAUACCUAAUUAUCAUCAUUAUCAGCCCUAAGUACCAUGAAACGGUGACAGCAUCACCAGUUAGCCUGGACAAUGACGAGAGGACCCUGAACACUGUCUAUAUUCACAAGCAGCUGCAGAAUGAGUUCAUACAGAAUGGCAGUAAGAACUUCAGAUUCAUCCCCAUCCUGUUUCCUGGAGCUAAGAAGUGCCAUGUUCCAACGUGGCUCCAGAACACUCAGGUCUACAGCUGGCCUCGGGAUAGAGAUGAUGUCCUACGUCGCCUGAUGAGAGUAGAAAAGUACAACCCUCCUCCCAUUGGCGAACUGCCCACCAUUGUCUCCAUCCCGAUCUAACAGCGCAGCGCCCCAUCUGGUCUGGAGGACAGACAGUAUACUGCUCCAUAAAGCUACGGUGACAUGAAUGCGGAUGAAAGCAGAUUUCCAUUAAUGGGCACAGAAGACACGCUGUGAUCGACUUAUCUGAUCGUAUCAACUCUGACGAGGCCUGAACCCUUUGCUGCUUCCUUCACAGCAGUCUUGUCUAUGUCUGCUGCUUUGACUGGACAUGUUUUCACUGCUUUGUGAUUUGGGUGGUUGCAGCUCUGGAAUAAGUGAUAACUCAUAUCUGUCCUGUGCAGUGUCUAACGCAACCAUGUGGGCAAAAUCUUGUUGUGACUUGUCAUGCCUCUGCAAUCGUUUUGUCAAGCUCUUUCCUUCAGUGGCACCCUUAUUCCCUUCAUAGUGGGCUGGGUCAACUGUAGUGGACUAUAUAUAGAACAGGGUGCCAUUUGGGACAAAGAUAAUAUAUCUAAGUCCUUCUGAUGACUGUUUGUCCACAGUCCUCAUAGUUUACUAAUGCAUUGAAAGAAUGCAUUGAAGUGUGCAUUAAACAUUUUUGAAGUGAGAUGUUAAAGUAGAAUUUAUUCCAGCAAAUGGUGGUUAAAAUUAGCUUUUGCUUUCAAUUAUAUUUUUUCUCUGGCCAUAUCAUUGUUUCACAGAGAGGAGGCAUCUAACAUCAAGUUGAAAAAAGUUUAAUUCUCUUUUAAUUGAAUAGGUUCAGUUAAACGAUAUAGAACAUAAAUAUUGAUAAAAAUACCUGGGAAGUUGAAAUAAUUAAAUAUAAAAUUAUUGUCUGCUCCUGUAUUUAUAUCUGCUCCUGUAGUUUUAAUGACAACCCUCUCAGAACUAAACAGGUCUGUGUUUGUUGUUGCUGGGCAACAAUAAAGGGUUUACAAAUGUCGCCCUGUUCCUUAUAUAGUUCACUACUUUUCAGCAGGAACCAUGGGGGUUUAGAGCAGCGACCCAUUAAACCUCAGCACACUGAGUUUGCUACUUCACUGAAUGUACUUGCUAUUACUGAGUUGGUUAUUUGUCCCAGCUAUGUUAAGAUGCUACUCACUGGAUAAGAAUGUGUAAAUGACUAAAAUGUUCAUGUAAAACAUUAGUGAAGUGAAUGUAGAUUUGGGAAGCUAAAUCAUUCUGCUUUGCAUUUUCUACUGAUGUUUCGAUUGCCUGAUGCUGUGCUAGUCUUGUUACCAAGUGCAGUGUUUCCCAAUCCUGGUGCUGGGGACAUUUUAGGUUUUGCCCUAGAGCUCAUCCACCUGAUUCAAAUGUUGCCCUAGCGCUCAUCCACCUGAUUCAAAUGUUGCUGUAGCGCUCAUCCACCUGAUUCAAAUGUUGCCCUAGCACUCAUCCACCUGAUUCACACAUUGCCCUAGCACUCAACCACGUGAUUCAAAUGUUGCCCUAGCACUCAUCCACCAGAUUCAAAUUUUGCAUUAGCACUCACACACCUGAUUCAAAUGUUGCCCUACCACUCACACACUUGAUUGACAUAAUCAACCUGUCAUCAAGUC